GCGGAAAAAGCGAGCGGGACCGAGAGAGGAAGGAAGAGAACGAAACUGAGGUUAUCGUAAGCAUAGUUUCUCAGAUUUGAACUUGUUUCUGUGAAUUAUCGUGAGCAUCCAGCAGGACAUGUUGGGAAAAAGGUACUAAUUACCAUCAAUUCUUUGAUUUUGACUUGUUUUUAUGAAAAGUUGUAGAAGAUACAAGCGUGUGUAUGUUUUUUUGUAGGUUAGGUAUGAUUCGAUAUGCAUAUGUGUUUGUAAGAUUGAAUAAAUUUCAUAGUUCUGAUUCUGUAUACAAAUAAGCUAAUUAAUUUGAUUUUUAUGUGUGUUGUAAAAAAGUUUAGGGUUCAAACCAUAUUUUGUAAAAUUCUGAUUCUAGAGUAGAAGCAUUGAUGUAGUUUUGUAAAAUUAGUUUUUGUCUAAAUUUAGUUAAUACUUAUUUUUGUUUUAAAAUUAAUGUUCUGUAAUGGAAUCAAAAUUUGUGAAGUUGUGCUUCUACAGUAGAAGCAUGUAUAUCAUGUGUUUAUUAAGUAGUUGAUGCUGUGUGUAUAAAUUGAAGGUAUAAAUUAUGAUUCUGUAAUAGAACCAAAUUUCGUAGAAUUGUGAUUCUGUAGUAAGAGGUUUUUUAAAAUGAAGAUUAUGUGACAGAACCAAUUUUUAUAGAAUUGUGAUUUUGUAGUAAGAUGUGUUUUAAAAUUAAGAUUCUGAAACAGAAUCAAAAUUUAUGAACAGUAGAUAAAUUAUGAUUCUUUAAUAGAACCAAAUUUUGUAGAAUUGUGGUUAUUGUUGAAGAAUCAAGUGUCUGUAGGGAUGGACUAUGGAUCGUACAAAAUUUUCAAGUGCUAGUAGAUUUAAUUCUUUCGGUGCCUAAAUAUCCUUCUAAAUUAAGUGUCGCAUCCUCUUAUAAAUUGAAAGUAUCUGUUGACAUUUACUUACUUGACAUGUUCUUUUAUGCAUCACGCAGGUACAUGGGCAUGAUCAUUGGCAUUGGUGACCUGGAUCCCAUUCGUUGGCCAAGUUCUCGCUAGCGAUCAGUCAAGAUUUCACGUGGAAUGAGCUAACUAGCAGCAUAGCAAAGGAGUUGGGAAAGUCUUAGGCUAACCUGAGACUUCUCAGCUGCAUCACUUGCACCAAGGGAGAUGUACAGUUUCUCUGUCAAAGAAACAGAGGAAGGAGCCUCUUUCAGAGGCACCGGAGAAAUCAAAAACAAAGGAAAUGAUGGAGCAGCUGAUGAAUUGUAAUUUUUUUAAUGGGGAGUGGGUGAAAGAUGAUUCUUAUCCACUGUAUAAGCCUGGUUCUUGCUCAGUGAUCUAUGAACAGUUUAAUUGUCUUCUUAAUAGUAGGCCUGAUCAAGAAUUUCAGCAGUACAAAUGGAAGCCAAUGGGCUGCAGUUUACCCAGGAUACACAAAUGGAGCUAAUGGAGAUAUUGCAUGUGAGUAUCACAAACACAAGGAAGAUGUCCAUCUGAUGGCAGAGACAGGCCUAGGGGCAUAUAGGUUCUCUAUUUCAUGGUCAAGACUUUAUUCCGAAUCAGUAACAAGUGCAUAUUACCGCGGAGCAGUGGGAGCAAUGGUAGUAUAUGACAUGACAAAGCGGCAGUCAUUUGAUCGCAUACCUGGAUGGCUCGACGAACUCAAGGUGCAUGCUGACAAGAUUUAUGCUCAUUGGCAACAAAUCCGACUUGGGAAAUCUUAGAGCAAUACCAACUGAAGAUGAUCAGCAGCUCGCAGAGAAGGAAAAACUAUGCUUUAUGGAGACAUCAUCCCGUGAGGCAACUAACGUCGAGUCUGCCUUUCUGACGGUUCUAACAUAAAUAUACAAUAUCAUAGGUAAAAAGACCCUCACUGCUAGUGAUGUACUUUAUGCACAGUCUUUAACUCUCAAGGGAACCAGUAUAGUCAUUCGUGGCCAGGAGCGGAAUACUAGUGCAAGUAGUGGUGGCUGUUGCGCAUAAAUCUUUAUCUUUUUCCUUUAAGGUCUUGUUUUUUUACUUAGGAAUAUAAGUAUGUUAGGUUAGGAUAUUACUAUUCAAACGGAAAUUUUAAAAUUUUCAACCAAAAAGAUUUUCUGCAAUGUAGCCAAGCCAGGCUCAAAGUAAGUCUUUUUUGUUUGUACAAGAUCAUUAGUAUAUAGUGUACGGUUUCUUUUAUAAAUAGAA